GGCCGCUGGAGCCAUGGAUCUUCCCAAUUACAGCAGACAGUUGCUACAACAGCUGUACGCUCUCUGCAAAGAACAGCAGUUCUGUGACUGCACCAUCUUUAUUGGAACUGUGCAUUUCAGAGCGCAUAAGCUUGUGCUUGCUGCUGCCAGUCUGCUCUUUAAGUCUGUGCUGGAUAGCACAGACACCAUCUCCAUUGAUGCUUCUGUGGUGGCUCCCGAUGAGUUUGCUCUCCUACUAGAAAUGAUGUAUACUGGCAAGCUCCCGCUUGGCAAACACAACUUUACCAAAGUCAUUUCUGUGGCGGACAGUCUGCAGAUGUUUGACGUGGCCGUUAGCUGCAAAAACCUCCUCAGAGACCUCAUCAGCUGUUCUGCUCAGGAGCAGGUAGUGAGGGACACCUCUGGUCUGACCAAGCCAUCUGGAACUAUCGAAGCUAGUGAUUCAGCCCAAACCAAAAGCCCUCCUGCUGAUGGUAUGACAGAGGCUCAGCCUCCAGAAGAGGUUGCAGUGUCUCCUGGCCCCGCAGAAUCUGAAGUGGAAGCUGUCACCUCUGCCUCUGUGCAGGACGUUACCAUGAAUCACACCUUCAUGCAGGAGGAGAUUCUGGAAGAGGAAAACCCAAGUGACUCCAAAUCCCUUGAUGAGGAUGCACAUGCCCCUGAUGACCCCCAAUCCCUUGCCAGACUGCAGAGCUGUGAAGAAGUGGUUGCUGAGCCUCCGGAGAAGAAAGAAAGAGUUGGUGAUUCAGAGUCAGGGAGCAAAAGCUGUGAACUGGAUUUCCUGCUUCAGUAUGAAAAUGUUUUCUCAGAGGCCCUUUCUGACACCCCGGCUGUGCUAAAGAGACUGCACGAGUGUGGAGAACUUGACAUCUCUCAGAAGGAGGCACUAGUGGCGUGUUUGGAAAGUGCAGGAGAGCAGUCCGGAUUCAAGACACUGCUCAGCAAGGUGAGGGAUGAGCAGAGCCUGGAUGCUCAGACUGUCGUGUCCAUGCUGAAGCUGUUUCAAGACACCUAUCCCAAGAUAAAAGCAGUGCUGCUGGAAAGAGAGCAGAACAGUGGAGAGAUCCUGCAGCAAACAGAGAACACAGAACAGGGAAAGACCCUGUCUGCUCUGCUGGUGGAAUGCAGGGAGGAGUUGAUCCAGAGCAUAACACAGCUGAGCCCCAUCAUCCAGUUCCUCGAAACAGCAGAGGAAGGAUUCCUGACGAGCUUGGAGAAGCAGGUGAUUCUGGAUUGCUGUGAAGGCAGCUCCCAGGGGGUUGCAAUGGAGAAUCUGCUUAGGAAGGUGGUGGAAGAGAAGACCCUGAAAGCUGAGAGCUUGGUCAAACUACUUGGGGCUGUAAAAGCAGCAUUUCCUGAUCUGCACCUUCUGCUAGACAAUUUGGCGGCAGCAGCAGUUGUGUCUGAGAGCAAAGCCAAAUGGAGCCCAGAGGAUUAUGGGACUGAACUAUUAAGACAAUAUCAAGAAAACUUUGCAGAGCUCUUGAAAGAUUCCCAGAUGUUGCUGCAAGGGAUCUCAAGCACACAAAACAUAGCUCCUGGAGAGAAAGAGGUAAUGGAACGGAUAGUGAAGCACGCAGCUGGCGUGGGUGGUUUCAGCGCGCUGGUCUCCGCAGCGCUGGAAGGCCAGGCUCUGUCUGUGAGUACCGUUUGGCAGCUGCUGUUGGAACUGCGAGAGGCAGAAUAUCCACUGAACGCGCUCAUCGAUGAAAUUCAGAAGGAGCCAGGUGCAGACCUUUUUUUCGAAACAGUGGCUACCAGUGAAAGUACAGCCAUCAAGAUAAUACUGAGACACAGCGAGCUGAUCUCAGAGGCCAUCAAGCAGAGAGCGGGACUAGAGGACUUGGCUCCAGGAGAAGCGGGUCUCACAGAAGCAGUAAAAGAGCUACUAAGCAUUUCCUCUCAGAAAGAAACUUCAGAGGCCUCCUUGAAAGCAGCUCUGAACACAGCACAGGAGAAAUCUGUUCCCGCCAUCAAGAUCUGUCAGUUGUUAUGCAGCGUUCAUGAGUCUUUCCCAGGUCUACAGCCAGUGAUGCAGGAGCUGGGACAUGUGGGGCUCCUGACGGAGAGAAGCGGGGAGAAACCUGGGAUCAGGAAGUGGAAGGUGAACAGUGAAUCGCAGAUUGAAGCCAUGGACAAAGAGGAGGAGAAGGCUGGGGGUGCAGGUCCCAAGGAACGAGAGGAAACCCAUGAGAGUGCUUCCUCCAAGAAGAGCUUUGUCUGCAAAGCCUGUGACAAGAGUUUCCACUUCUACUGCCGUCUGAAGGUGCACAUGAAGCGGUGUCGCCUGGCCAAAGGAAAGCAGGUGCAGUGCAAGGAGUGCAAUGAGGUCACGAGCACCAAGAAGGAGCUAGAAAAGCACCAGCUGGAGGUGCACGGAGUUGCAGGGCCGGCCAAAAAGAAAAAGAAGAGACUCCCAGUGACAUGUGACAUCUGUGGAAGAGAGUUUGCUCAUGCCUCAGGAAUGCAGUACCACAAACUUACCGAACACUUUGAUGAGAAGCCCUUCUCUUGCGAUGAGUGCGGUGCCAAGUUUGCUGCUAACUCGACGCUGAAGAACCACAUGCGGCUGCACACAGGGGACCGCCCCUUCAUGUGCAAGCACUGCCUCAUGACCUUCAUGCAAGCCUCCGCCCUUGCCUAUCACACCAAGAAGAAGCACUCCGAGGGGAAGAUGUAUGCCUGCCAAUACUGUGACGCAGUGUUUGCACAGUCCAUUGAGCUGUCUCGCCAUGUGAGGACUCACACUGGAGAUAAGCCGUAUGUCUGCAGGGAGUGUGGGAAAGGAUUCAGACAGGCCAAUGGGCUCUCCAUCCACCUACGAACCUUCCACAACAUCGAAGACCCCUAUGACUGCAAGAAGUGUCGGAUGAGCUUUGCCACCUUGCAGGAGCAUCGCAAACACAUUCAUGAGGUCCACUCCAGGGAAUACCACCCCUGCCCUACCUGUGGUAAAGUCUUCAGUGCUCCAUCCCUGCUGGAACGCCACAUGGUGACCCACGUAGGAGGGAAGCCGUUCAGCUGUGAGAUCUGUGACAAAGCCUAUCAGCAACUGUCAGGGUUAUGGUAUCACAAUCGGACCCAUCACCCUGAUGUCUUUGCAGCCCAGAAUCACCGCUCAUCCAAAUUCUCAUCGCUGCAGUGCAGCUCCUGUGACAAAACCUUCUCCAGCACGACUGCCCACAGAAAACAUGUCAAGACAGAGCAUGCAGAUAUGAAGUUCCACGAGUGUGAGAAAUGCAAGGAGCUGUUCCCCACGCUGGCUCUCCUGCAGGUCCACGUCAAGUGCAGGCAUUCAGGGUCACAGCCAUUUUGCUGUUUGUACUGUUCAGCCUCCUUCCGCUUCCCAGGGGCCUUGCAGCAGCACGUCACUGCUGAGCACUUCAAGCAGACAGAGAGCACUUUUACUUGUGGACUGUGUGGAGAGCUCUUCCCCACUCAGGAGCAGCUGGAAGGUCACUACAGAGCUGAGCAUCCCAACGUGGUGUUUGCAGAAGCUCAGGCCACCACCACGCAGAUUGUGCAGGUUAUUCAGACAGCAGAACAAGGAGCAGAAGGAGAGCAUGUGAUCACCUUGGAUGAGGCCGAGCUUGCUGGAUCCCAGGUCUUUGUGACGUUGCCAGAUUCCCAAGCUAGCCAAGGUGGCUCGGAGCUCGUGGCAGUGACUAUGGAGGAUCUGUUUGAUGACAAAGUCACUCUGAUUUGUGAAGAAACAAAAUGAGGUAGCCUGGAGCACCUGUGUGAUGCAUCCAGAAUUGCUUGGCCACCUCCCCAGCCAUUACCAUCCAUGUGUACCACUUGGGCCAUGAGAUGCAGACUUAUUCCAGGAAACUACUGGGAUUUGUGACACUGGCAAAAGAAGUGAGGGGCUGCAAGCACAGCAAUCCCAAGAAUAUGGGAGAUCAGCAGUGGGAACUCUUUGGGAGUCAUGGAGCCAGGGUGGCUUCUUUUCCUAGCACGAGUGGUGGGCAGCAGCUGGUGCUUCUGAAUGAUCUGGGCCACAUGUCCUCUCCAGCCCCAGGAAAACAGCUUGUGCAAGAGAAAAGGAAAUAAAUGACGCACAGCCAAGCAAAGGCCUAGCAAGGGCAGAGCUGGGGAGAGACUGGGGAAAUUCCAGGGGCAGGAGAGGCAGGGAAUCAUACACAGAAUCAGAGGUGUUGGUGUAGGGCAGCAGAGCGAGGAAUAGAUGAACAUUUGUCCAGAAGGAAGUCACCAUGAAGGUGAUCUAAGCUGCGCUGCAAUGAGGAGGACAGAUGCCCCUGGAGGAGGCGCAGCAUGAAAAGGCUGGGCACAAGCUGGGCGAAUGCUUGCAGGACCGUGGACAGUGUGAGUCUGGGCGGUUUCAGCCAUGCCAUGUUCUGCUCCCUCCCAGAUGGUUACAUUUCUCCUUAGUUCCUCUAGAAAAUAUGGCCAAAGCAGGGCCUUCUUGGCCUCCACUCCAGCAAAAACUUAAAAUGGGUCUGUCAACCUGGCAAAGGGAAAGCCAAAACUUAAUCAUGAGAAGCGAAACAAGCCUCCAGGCCACCUGGGGAUGGCAACUGGUGGCGGUGGAUGGGUGGGGGCUCUGGACCAAGCAGGUAGAACAAAUCAUUGUUCACAGUGACAGGCUGUGGAGAGGCCUCCCGUUGCAUGUGUAUAUAAGCUGUCUCUGCUGUUGAGCAGGAGCCUGCUGUGCUGUCCUUCUGCCAACGUGGCAGGGACCCAGCUUCAAUCUCUCCUAUAUCCCAAGGGCCAAACUCUUGCAAAAUAGGGGAGGGAGGCAAAACCUGCAGUGUCUCAGCAAAAGGCCUUACCUCGGUGUCAUAGAGCCUUCUUGGGAGAGUUGGCUGUUCACCUGCCCCAUCGCUAUCAUCCCUCCAGGGGCGGGGGGCUUAAAACUGCCUGGAGCUUCUCUCCUUAUAAAAAUAGCAUGGGGAGCUCCAUGGCAGAGGCAAGGAAAACAACUUAGGGCAGUCCUGUGUGUGUGCAGCUGCCUUCAUUAGUUUGUCUCCAGGAUACAUUAGCAGUUCCUGAUGUCAGGAGACCCUAAUCCUAACCAAAUCACUGCCAAGGCUGUGAGCACGGGGCAGCUCUGGGGUCAGGCCCACAUUUGGAUGGUGACAGCUCGUAUCCCCUUUGUGAGAGGACAAAAGCCCUAAGACUGCCUGCCUUCCCCUUUAGCUUGAUGCAGAAGCUGUAGCAUUAGAAGAAAGCAUCUAGUCUGGGUAUGGUGGCCCAUCAUUUCUUGAGUGCUUAAUACCAUUACCAGUGAGCUGGCACUAACGCAAGUCUUCCUGUCUGACACAUAAUGGCUGCCACCAUUGCACACAGCCAUUCCCCUUCCGGCUACCUUGCACAAAGCUCAGCCUGUCUGUGCCAGCCUGGUACAACACUUCCAUUAUAGGGCAUUGGCCCCUUUAAGAUUAAAUUUCACAAAGCUUUUUUAUCUGCAGUUUCCUAAAAUAUAAUCUGAUAAUUAAUGGUUUGCUGAAUCCAUUAUGAAGUGCAAUUAGAUGGAUGCAGGGUUCCUGCAGCUCCGAGGGAACUAGGAGCAUUUAUCUUCCUUUCCUUCAUGCCAAAAGGUUGAACUCUGCCACUGCAAUAUUUACAUACUGAGCAAUGAUCCCCACCGUCUCUCACAGACUGAGCCCCUGUGGUGAACAAUGCCCAUCUAAUCACACUGCCCAGAGCCACAUGAGUGCAGAAAAUGAACAGCUUUCAGCUUGCCAGCAGCAUCUUGUGCUAGCUGCUCCUGGCCACUAACCAGAGCCUGUUGUAGUCGAAGGGCCCAGCCACUUACUAUGCUCCUUCUGCAGUGUGGAGGAUAAAGCAAGCAGCCCGGACAGCGUGUUUUGCUGAGGGCAAAGGCGCAGGAGGACAGACAUUCCUUACAGCGAGAGUCUGUGAGUAACAGCAAGUGUGUAAUCUCCCUGCAGUGCGUUAGUGAGGUGCUCCCACCUCCAUCUCUCCUGCACACACGCAGUCUCUCUCUAGGGUUUUGGGGAAAGAGCAAACAAGCUUCAUGCAUCGUUUAAUCCCAGAAUGGCCAGGAGAUGGUGCUCACAGUCUUGAGAAUUAGUUGCCAUGGAAAAGUGUCUUGCUGAGGCUCCCCUUGGCCCUUUUGACAUUGCAAGCAGACCCAGAAAGCACUGGGCCCUCCUGGGAAUGGACCAGCUCCCUGUGGGCUAAAACACUGUCCUGGCAAGAUUACGUGGCAUGAACUUGGUUCAACAAAGCUUGAAGUCAGGGUUCCUCCACCCCUGCCAAGGGAAGGUCAAAAUGUUAGUCCUCGCUGUCAGCCGCAGGGAAAAGGUCCACGAGCACCUAUGCAGGAAAAAAAGAAAUAUCAGUGACACUACAUAACAUCAGAUCAGUAAACCGGUCACAGAAGGGAGGCAGAUUAAAAAAAAAAACAAGCUCAAUGUCCAAACCUGAAGGAAGGAAAAGGUCUAAUAUACAUUACUUAACUAGGGGAGUGUGUCUGAAGUGUUUUAGGGAGCUUCAAGGUGUAAAUGUGCUCACAGAAAAAUCUACGUGGAGUUCGCUCCUGGGAACAGCACAGGAGAAGCUAAGGUGAGUGCCCACCCUCCUGGAUCCAUCUUGACGUUCCUCCACAGCACCAGCGCCUGUGCCCUGUAAAAUUGGGCAUGAUUCAGAAGGUGAUUUGUGCCAAAGAACUGCCCUGCCAGUGUGUGCUGUGGCCUGCCAUCUCCAGCUGUCUUCUUGAGAUCCUAAGGCCCCUGAGCUCAGCGUGUUUCUCCCAGGGGGAAACCCUUUCCUCACUUUUUCUCUCCUCCCCGUUCAGGGCCUGGGCACUCUUUAUGCUGCACAGCAGUCUCUCCUGCUCCAUACGGCAGCAGGCUGAGCUGAGUUUUCACCUGAGCCCUUGUUAGUGUCGAGAAUAGUUGGUGUCAAUAAAAGGAAGUUAUGGUGCUGACAUCCUCUGCCUCCCCCCAGACUGUGAAAAUGGCAUUUCAUUUUCCACCCUAAUGUUGGAAAAACCAAGCAUGUAAGAGCAUGCUCCUGUGUUUGCAUUUUAUGAGCACCUUUGAGAGUGAGCCUUGAGCUGACGUACUGAAGCAAGCCCCGGUGAAGAGGCAGGACAGUGGGUUGUGCUCUAUGGCUGAAAGUUGAGAGGAAAUGAGCAAUUUAGAAGGGAUCACUGAUGAACAGGACCAGUGUGUGGCUCGCACGUGCUCAGUGGGGUACUCCAUCUCCCCUUGACUGGUGAGGCCAUACAGCUGGAAAGCCUCCCAUAGCCUUAGCUAACAAAGCUCCAUCUUCCUCUGCAGGUUGUUGGAUGCAGAGGUCCCCAGUCCAGUCUUUGCUGCAGACAGACUCAGAAGUGUCUUAGUACUUUUGCAGUGUGUGAGCAGAGGGGUAGAUGUGUUGGGGUGAAAAGCCAUGCUGGGAAUUUGGAUCAGUUUGUGAUAGGUUGCCCCUUUUCAGAGUGCUCACUGCUGCAGGAGAUAAGGACAGCAGUAAUGAUGAAGGGCUUGGCUGGAUAGGAAUGCACUUACUGGAAGUGAGUUACUGCAGAAAACCUGGCUCUGCCUACAGCCUUGGCUGUCACCUCCGUCUUCAGCAUCAGUCAGGGGUCGCUCCGCAGAGGAGGCCUGCAGCAGCAGCAGCCCAGCGCAAGACCUGAAUCAGGCUGCAUAUCUAUCUCCUCUUGUACAGCUGCAUCUCUCCGCUCUGCCACCAAACUCAACAGCUGAGUUCACCCAGACACACCAGCACACACGUGAAGGCUGUUGAGCAUCCUCAGUUGAUUCAAGCUCCUCACACCAGCUCCUGCACUGCUGAAACAUGCAGGUCAGAGCCUGCAGCAAUGUUUUAAUGAGAAAGGCAUUUUUCAGGGUGUCCCUCAGCCUGGAGGAUGCGAGACAUAAGCUGUUGAUCACUGACGAGGUCUUAUGAUGCUGCAUUGGUUUUCUCUUGUGAAAUAAAGUCUUG